AUGCUGUCGUCUCUCCCUUCGUUGAAGCACUUGGCACUGAGAGAUUGUAUCAGACUCGAGGGAGACAGUUUCCCUCAUCUCCCCUCACUUGUCGAGGCGCACUUUUACCAUUGCGAGUUACCCGAAAACGAAAUUUUCGAACGUAGACCUUCGCUCAAAGUGCUCGUCAUCGACAAUGACUACUGCCUUGAGGAUGAGGAUACAGAAGUCUGCGAUGUAAACCCUCUUGCCGAUACCGUCGAGACAUGUGGCUGGCUCGUCGAAGAGCCUGCACCCUUUUAUUAUCCUCUACGCCAGUUUCGGCGGGUGAAGCAUCUCAAGGUGGACCUGAUUCAUGAUCUUUUCGGAGCACUCCCAUACGAGAUAAUUCCGAGCUACGACGGUCUUCCGAACCUUGCGGCGACUGUCGAGACCAUUGAGUUCACCUCGCGAAUAACCUCGCGUGUAACCGGUGGAGACCCGAAUGCACAUGCCCUGUACUAUAGGAAUUGGCAGAAGAGUAUGGAAGAGCUUCGGUACACCAUAAAUAUGAUGGAGGAGUGUUGUCGGAAAGAAUGGCGGAAGGUUCGGCUUAUUGACAUUAGCAUGCUCGCUCUUUCCUACCGUCGCGAGCGUUCAGGUUAUGAUGUUAGGCCCACACGGGAUAGUAUCAAGGCCGAAGGUCUCCAGCUUCUCGAGUGUGCCAAAAGGCGCUUUCAGCAGGAGCUUGGUAUUGAGUUGUUGAUUUUAUAA